GUGUGAAUAGAUUUCACUGGUCACACGUUCACGGUUCUCGUUCAUCGUUCAUGGCUUAACUAAACUUGAUAAGGCUGUAAACACGGGCGCGUGAGCGCGCCGCCCAGAGGCCCUCUCCUGUCUCACGCGCUGAUGUCACCCACGCUUAUUUUUCUAAACGAAUCAGUUCUUCCGUCCAGCAGGCUGAUCUCCGAGCACCUGUUGAAGACACGCUCACACAGAGAGAGGCCGGUGAGCCGGAGGGUCCCACGCGCUCGACUCUUCAGUGGACUAACUGAGGAGCAGAGCGGACCCGCCAGCACGCAAACAACGCAAGACGCGCUGGAAAAGUUUCCCCGUCUUAAACAGGCGCGUGGCCGCCGUCUCCCUGACGAAGAGUUGAGUUUCAGAAACAUGUCACUGCCCUAGCGCGCGCUCUUUUACUUAUGUGUGAGGAACACGGGACUCUGCUCGAGUUGACACGGCUUUGGUUCUGGGAGCUGCAGCUCAGGCUGGAACUCGGCGCCAGGAGAAGAAAGCGAAGCGAAAGGAAAGAUGUCGAAGCCGACUGACCACGUAAAGCGCCCGAUGAACGCCUUCAUGGUCUGGUCCAGGGCUCAGAGGCGAAAGAUGGCACUGGACAACCCGAAGAUGCACAACUCGGAGAUCAGCAAGCGCCUGGGCGGAGAGUGGAAACUUCUGUCGGACUCGGAGAAGAGGCCGUUCAUCGACGAGGCCAAGCGGCUCCGGGCGGUGCACAUGAAGGAGCACCCGGACUACAAGUACAGACCGCGGCGGAAGCCCAAGACCGCGGCGAGGAAGGACAGGUACCAGCUGAACGUGGCGUACAGCCUCGGAGAGCCCGACUCCCUGAAGGGGGCGCUCUUGCAGGGCGGGGAGGCGGAAAAGGCUGCAGCCGUGGCCGCCGCCACCAGAGCGCUGCUCGGCCAUCCGCUGCCCACCAGCGCUUACCCGUACGUGGACAUACACUCGAAAAUGUCCGAGUCAGCUUUUGCGCACGGCUCGUUUGAAUAUCCGGGUCGUGUGGCUGCGUUCCCUACCGUGGGCGUCCUGGGGGCCGCCACGCACACGCACCCUAGCCCCGCGAACCCGGGAUACAUGAUGCCCUGCAACUGCCCAGGGUGGGCGACCUCCGCCCCUCAUCCUCCCGUAGCUUACGUGUUUUUGCCAGGCAUGAGCAAAACCCUGCACGAGGCGUACCCAGCGUACGCAGCGGCCUUAUGAUGGCCGUGAGAGGAGGAGGACUGGACGGCAGGUUGCGCUGGAGGGCCGCGCGUGCCCAUGAUGGACCCGGUUGAAGUUGUAUAUUUGUACAAAUGAAACGUCUGUAAGUGUUCGCACUCUUUCUUCAGCGGUUAAUAAAGCAUUUAAUAAAGUCAAUGGCAAAUAAGAA